UUCUUGCGCGUGAAUUUAUAUAUACAUAUUUUUAUCAAAGAGAAUCUUCCUGGAGAGUUGCUUUCAAUUUCAUUCACCAUCUAUUCUUUUAUUUAUGUGCUGUAACAACACAAAGAUCCACCGAGAAUUUAGUUAUACUAUUAAGCUUGAAGGGGAAUCUGAGAAGUCAAGUUGUCAAAACAAGGAUGAAGUUUGGGAAGGAAUAUGCGGCACAAAUGGUGCCAGAAUGGCAGGAAGCAUACAUGAAUUACGAUAAAUUAAAGACCCUUUUGAAGCAAAUCCAUCGCAUGAAGCAGCGAAAUAAACAAACUGCAAAACAAGCAAGCCUCAAGCGAGCUGUAACACUUUACCGAGCUUUCAGUGGUCUUCUUGUACAAAGACAGAAGUCGCAGAAAAAUCCCAGGAGCCUCUCCAAGAAAGAUGUAGAAGGCCAAUUCAUUCUUGUUAAUCCUGUGAACAGAGAUGGAACUGAGAGUUUUGAGACUACAUUUCUUAAGCUUGCAGAGGAAGGAGGGGAGUCUGAGCAGGAGUUUUUCAGAAUGCUGGAUAAUGAGUUCAAUAAAGUUGAUAAAUUUUACAGGUUUAAGGUUCAAGAAGUUAUUGCUGAGGCUGAAACUCUUAGUCAACAAAUGGAUGCGUUGCUUGCUUUCCGAAUAAAAGUAAAUAAGAUGCCAAGAGUUCUUGUUUCUACUCCACCUGUGCCCGGAGAAAGCAAAAGAUUUGUUCCCACUGAUGUGAAGGAAGGUGAGGAGAGGAAUCGGGAGCAAUCAGAUGAAUCAAAUGGAGAAAUAUCUGAAGAGGCGAUAAAUUCUGUCCCCCAGAAAAGUCAAGGUCAAAAGCAGAGCAGUAAUAGGGGCUACAAAGAUGUUCCAUUGGAAAUACUAAACCAUGUGAAGCUUAACAAAAAUCUUGAUACUCCAAGUGCUUUCAUUAAGGGUUUUGUUGGUUCUCCUCAGCAGCAGUCAGAGGUGAAUGUUAGAAGGGAAAAUCUUAAGAGAGUUGAGAAACAACUUAAGCACGCAUUUGUGGAAUUUUAUAGCAAGAUUCGCCAUCUUAAGAGCUUCAGCUUCAUGAAUAUGCUAGCGUUUUCAAAAAUCAUGAAGAAAUACGAUAAGAUCACUUCAAGAAAGGCAUCAAUUUCUUAUAUGAAUAUGGUGGAUAACUCCUAUAUUGGCAGUUCUGAUGAAUUAACCAAGCUGAUCGAGAGAGUAGAAGCUGCGUUCAUCAAGCAUUUCUCGAACUCAAACCGGAGCAAAGGCAUGAACAUUUUAAGACCAAAGGCUAAGAGAGAAAAACAUAGGACAACAUUUUCUCUUGGUCUCUUUGUUGGCUGUACAUUUGCCCUUAUACUAGCCCUUAUCUUCAUUAUACACGCCCGUGAUCUUUUGGAUAAGAGAGGAAAAACCCAGUACAUGGAAAAUAUGUUUCCCCUUUAUAGCUUCUUCGCUUUCAUUGUUCUGCACAUGCUAAUGUAUGCUGGCAAUAUAUACUGCUGGCGGCGCUAUCGAGUCAAUUAUCCCUUCAUUUUUGGUUUCAAGAGGGGCACAGAGCUGAGCUACAGACAGGUUCUUCUUGUCAGCUUUGGUCUUGCAGUACUAGCUCUUCUCAGCGUGCUCGCAAAUCUUGAUAUGGAAAUGGACCCCGAAACAAAUGAUUAUAAAGCCCUGACCGAGCUUCUUCCUCUAGGCGUGGUUGUGGUUGUAAUUGUUCUAUUGAUCUGCCCAUUCAACAUCAUAUAUCGCUCUAGUCGCUUCUUUUUUCUGAUAUGUAUUUGGCACUGCAUCUGUGCUCCUCUCUACAAGGUCACACUACAAGAUUUCUUCUUGGCGGAUCAGUUAACUAGCCAGGUUCAAGCCUUUAGAAGUCUGGAAUUCUACAUCUGUUAUUAUGGUUGGGGAGACUAUAAACGCAGAGAAAACACUUGUAAAUCAUAUGGUAUAUACAAUUCUUUCUAUUUCAUCGUUGCUGUGAUUCCAUACCUGAGUCGCUUCCUUCAGUGCAUGCGACGUCUCUGCGAAGAAAGAGAUCCAAUGCAGGGAUAUAAUGGGCUGAAAUACUUUGCGACAAUUAUUGCCAUUAGUACAAGAACUGCUUACGGUCUAUACACAGGAAUGACCUGGAAAAUAGUAUCCGCGACAUUUUCAGCCAUUGCAGCACUUUAUGGGCUCUAUUGGGACCUUGUUGUUGACUGGGGGCUUCUGCAAAGGCAAUCAAAGAACCGCUGGUUGCGAGACAAACUCCUUAUCCCCAGCAAAACUCUGUAUUUCGCAGCUAUGGUGUUGAAUGUCUUGCUAAGAUUUGCCUGGUUGCAGACUGUGUUGGACUUGCAAGUCUCUUUCUUGCAUAGAGAAUCUUUGAUUGCUCUCGUUGCAAGCUUCGAGAUUAUUCGUCGUGGAAUCUGGAAUUUCUUCAGGUUGGAGAAUGAGCAUUUGAACAAUGUCGGUAAGUAUCGUGCAUUCAAAACAGUACCAUUGCCGUUUACAUAUUAUGAAGAUGAAGAUAAAGAUGAAUAGAUUAAAUACUACAACAAUGUUUAUACAUGCAACCUUGAGGAUUCUUGAGAAGAUAUAAAAAAAAAAUAUAUCUGCGGGAUGAAAGUAAAAUGUUUAUGUUCUUAGAAAUUGAGUGAUCAUUUAUGGGGAUUGUAAUUAUUUGCAGAGGGCAGAAGAAUGUUCCCUAUUUUCCCCAAUUGUUUUUUUGUAUGGAAUUCAAAGAAUGCAACAUAAUUG